AUGGGCACCCGCAACCUCACAAUCGUCUACUACAAAGGCAAAUACCGCAUCUGUCAAUACGGCCAAUGGGACGGUGAUAGCCAAGGCCUCACCAUCUACAAUUUCCUCCUCGACCCAGUCAACAUUACAAAACUCGAAAAAGUCCUCGAUGCCGGCGACAGUAUGAUCCACACUCUCACAGACGAAGAAUAUAAAGCCUGGGGGGAAGAAAUGUUUGCCGCCCAGAUGGCCUGGAACCAGAGACCCCGCGAUCCUAACACUUGGGAGCUAUUCCAAGUUUCUCCCAUCUCGCUGUCGCGCGAUACUGGUGCAAACAUUUUGAAUCUGCUGGUGCAAGCCACAGAGCAAGAACCCGUGAAGGUGAAAUUCUGGAAUAUGGGGUUUAUCACGGAUACUCUGUGUUGCGAGUGGACUUGGGUUGUUGAUUUGGAUAAGAAAGUCUUGGAGGCGUAUACAAGUUGGGAGUAUGAUUUGAUAGAAAAGAAGGAGGAUUCGAGAUUUGCUGAGUUGUUUGGUGAUGAGGAAUUGCCUGGUUUGGUGAAGAGGUAUGAGUUUGGAAAGUUACCGGAGAGCAGAAAGGCGAUGUUGGAGGAUUUCGAGGUUGGUCGCAAGGAGGAGUAG